CUGUAAUUGGACUGCUGUAACCGUCCCACCCUCCUUGAGGCACAAUGGCACAACCAGCACAACUCUUGACCUGCCCUUGCCAACAGUUUGAGUAUAUAAGCAUGUUAAAGUGGGAAAGCCACCGUUACAGACUGAGAAAAGAGCUGCCUCUAGUCCUUGCAUCUAGCACUAAGUAUUUCAGGAAAAUAUGGGGAACCAGGCCACUAAAGACAAGAAGAAUGCUAUACUCAAUCAGGUUAAGCCGAAUACGCAAUGGGAGAACAAGGUAAAUCGAUGCCCAUUUUCCAUGCAAGUGAAGAACUACCAGGAUGGUUCGUGUCAUCAGGAUACAUUACAUCACAAAGCAGUAAAGAGCCCGAUUUGCAUGUCUAAUGUUUGUGAAGGCUCUAUUAUGACUCCAAAGGCUAUGACACGCUGUCCCUCCUCCACCUCUCCAAGCUCCAAUGACAUCCUCAUGCAAGCUAUUGACUUCAUCAAUCAGUACUACAAGUCAAUUAAAAACUCAAAAAUCGAGGAGCACCUGUCUCGUUUGGAGGAAGUCGCUAAAGAAAUAGAUGCCACUGGGUCAUAUCAGCUCACCACAAAAGAACUGGAAUUUGGGGCUAAGCAAGCUUGGAGAAAUGCACCAAGAUGCAUUGGCAGAAUUCAGUGGGCUAACUUGCAGCUGUUUGAUGCACGUAACUGCAGAACUGCUGAAGAUAUGUUUCAGAUGUUGUGCGAUCAUAUUCAGUUUGCUACCAAUGGAGGCAACCUGAGGUCUGCCAUCACGGUGUUUCCUCAAAGAACUGAUGUUCAACAUGAUUUCCGUGUUUGGAAUAGUCAGCUCGUACGAUACGCUGGCUACAAGAUGACAGAUGGUACGAUAAUAGGAGAUCCCGGCAGUGUUGACUUCACAGAGAUGUGCAUCCAGCUUGGGUGGACCCCAAAGUACGGUCUAUUUGAUGUACUUCCACUGGUGUUACAAGCUAAUGGAGAGGACCCUCAAGUUUUUGAAAUUCCCCAACAUUUAAUUUUGGAAGUUAACAUGGAGCACCCACAAUACGAGUGGUUUAAGGAUUUGAAACUCCGCUGGUAUGCAUUGCCUGCGGUGACCAACAUGCUGCUGGAGAUUGGUGGUCUUGAAUUCCCAGCAUGUCCUUUUAACGGUUGGUACAUGGGCACUGAGAUUGGAGUGAGGGACUUCUGUGAUACCCAACGCUACAAUGUUCUUGAGCGGGUUGGCCGCCGAAUGGGCUUGGAGACACAAAAACUGUCCUCGCUAUGGAAGGACCAGGCCCUGGUGGCCAUCAAUGUGGCAGUGAUGCAUAGUUUUCAGAAAAAUAAGGUCACCAUUACUGACCAUCAUACUGCAUCAGAGUCCUUCAUUCAGCACAUGGAGAUGGAAGUGCGUCUGCGCGGAGGCUGUCCAGCCGAUUGGGUCUGGCUGGUGCCGCCGAUGUCUGGAUCCCUAACUCCCGUGUUCCACCAGGAAAUGCUGAACUACAUCCUGUCACCCUUUUUCUACUAUCAGCCUGAUCCGUGGUUGACACACAAGUGGAAGAACAAGAAGAGAAAAGAGAAGAAGCGCACGAUCAGCUUCAAAGGAUUGAUCAGAGUAGUGCUCUUCUCUCAGACACUCAUUAAAUCAGUCCUGGCAAAAAGGGUGCGUUGCACCAUUCUCUACGCCACAGAAACAGGGAGAUCUCAGAUUUUUGCUAAGAAACUGAAUGCCAUGAUGAACUGUGCCUUCAGCUCCAAGGUUGUUUGCAUGGAGGACUACAACUUCAGCGAACUUGAGAAGGAAAGUCUCUUAAUAGUUGUCACCAGCACCUUCGGCAAUGGAGACUGUCCAGGAAAUGGAGAGAGUUUCAAGAAGGAGCUUCUCAGUCUGAAAAGCCUCAGAAACAAAGUCAGGUUCUGUGUGUUUGGUCUCGGAUCUCGAAUGUACCCAAACUUCUGUGCGUUCGCUCAUGCAGUGGAUGAUAAGUUUGCAGCACUGGGAGCCGUCCGCGUGUCCUCCACAGGAGAGGGAGAUGAGUUGAACGGACAGGAGGAAGCUUUCUCAGCCUGGGCUUCCACUGCUUUUAAGGAUGCAUGCAAGGAGUUUAACAUUCAAGGGCAGCUUCCAGGCAAUGAUGGUCUGGCAGAUUCCUGGGAUCCACAGAAGCACAGAGUUCAGAAUGACAGCUGUACACUUGACCGAAUCACAGCUCUGUCAGCUCUCCAUUCUAAAGCUGUGGUUCCCAUGAAGCUGAAGAGAAGGCAGAAUCUACAGAGCCCGAAGUCAAGUCGUUCUACAAUAUUGUUGGAGAUGGAGAUGGAUGGGAACACUGAGCCCUUAAACUUUGCCCCUGGAGACCAUGUGGGUAUUUUCCCAGGGAACUCACCUGAAUUAGUAGCUGGCAUCCUAAAGCAUCUGCCCAAUGCCCCUCCAAUCAACCAGAGCCUUCACUUAGAAUUCCUCAGUGAUUCCUACCCUGAUGGUGACAGGUGGCAGAGAGAUGAACGAAUACCACCGUGUCCUCUUGCCCAAGCUCUUACCUACUAUCUUGAUGUCACCAGCCCACCCUCACAAAGCCUCCUCCGCAAACUCUCAAAGAUGGCUAGGCAGGAAGAUCACAGACAGCGCCUGUUGGCACUAGCAAAUGAUUUCCAGGUUUACACAACAUGGAAGGAGUUCCACAAACCCACCUUCCUUGAGCUGCUAGAGGAGUUUUCCUCUGUGGAACUUUCUGCUGUCUUUCUCCUCAGCCAGCUGCCUCUACUGAAGCCACGGCUCUACUCCAUCAGCUCCUCCCCAGACCUCCACCCUCAGGAGAUCCACCUCACUGUGGCAGUGGUCAGCUAUCACACACAGGAGGGAAAAGGUCCACUGCAUUUUGGUCUCUGUAGUACCUGGCUCAAUACCAUCAAAGAAGGAGACAUGGUGCCAUGUUUCAUCCAUAGAUCUGAUGGGUUCCACCUUCCAUCCGACCCUAGUGCUCCCUGUAUACUUGUGGGAGUUGGAAGCGGCAUUGCUCCCUUCCGCGGCUUUUGGCAACAGGGAUUCCAUGACAAGAAAAAAACAGGUCUGAAAGGGAAUCCGAUGACACUUGUGUUCGGCUGUCGCAGUUCAGAUACUGAUCAUCUUUACAAAGAAGAGACUCUGGACAUGAGAGAUAAUGGCACUCUAAGCAGUAUCACAACAGCUUACUCUAGGCAGACUGGACAACCCAAGGUUUAUGUCCAAGAUAUCUUGCGAGAGCAAUUGAAUGAUGAGGUCUUUGAGGUCCUGCACCAUAAUUCAGGACAUCUGUACAUCUGUGGAGGCAUGAACAUGGCUCAUGAUGUGGCUGCCACUAUCCAGGAAAUCUUAGUCAGCCGGCUGGGAAUCACUCUUACUCAGGCUGAGGAAUAUCUGUCAAGGCUCAAGAAUGAAAAGCGGUACCAUGAGGAUAUCUUCGGAUCCUAGUGGUCGAGAUCACCUUUACCAUCUUGAUCUUUUCACUACUCAAACACACCAAAAAGGGGGGAAUUUUAAUCUUUUUUUUAUAUUCAUACAGCUUCCAAAAUAAUGCCAAAACCUCUUUCCUAAGAGGACAGAAUCUGUCAAAUAAACCACAAAUAUGCACUGGAAACAUAAUAAAACAUCACCCCAGCAGCAGCCAUUUAUUAAAUUGCCAUACACAACUCUGAUCAUCAGUAACUUGUGGAAUGUACAGAUCUUUUUGAACAUUUUAUUUCCUGCUUGUAAAUAAACAGUAUUUUUGAUUGUCUUUGGGAAAGUUGACCUGCACUUUGUUAUAUAUAGGCUAACUAAUUGCAGGAGAAAUUCUUUUGAAGCAAUAGUUGCCAUGCUCAAGGACACAACAGGAAUCACCUCUAUCUGCGGACUGACCUUUUGAAGAAAAAGUUGAUGUACAUGUCACAAAUUUGCUUAUUUAAUUAUUGACCUACAAAUUGUGCAACAUACUAAAAAGUAUUUAUAUUUCUUGGAUUUAACUUUCUGUUUAUGUCUGUGCUUAACUUUGAAUGCCACAUUUUCAGUGUAGUCUCAGUCUUUUAUACAUGCCAAACCAUGAGGCUACCUUCAAUUCAAUGUUUUUAUACUCUCAUGUGGCUUAUACUUUAUUAUAUAAUUACCUGUCAUAGUGUUAUUUAUUAAGUGUUGUGUAAAUCUGUAAAUGGAUGUUUAUGGUAAAUACUGCGUUUUAUAAUAAAGCCUUGAUACUAUCAAAAA